AUGACUGCGAUGCACGUUGUUGGAAAGUCAAGCUUUCCUUUAGUGGGAGGCAAAGGAGAUGCUGCCACUGUAAUAGAAGGAAGCCAGUUAAUGUCAGCCCCUGAAGAAGAAGAAGAUUUUGAUAUUUUAAAUGAUGAAACUUUCGGAGAUGGAGUGGAUGAUGGAUAUGACUGGGAGGAAGAACAUGAGAGAAUGGCGGAAGAAAUUGAUUCAUUCUCAUUCGGUGAUUCGAAACAUAAUGGAAAUAAAACAACAGACUCUGGAUUUGAUACGGCAGAGAAGAGCUACAGAACUCAGGAAGAAUACCUAGAACAAAGUAUCAGUCAACUGGUAGUAGAUGAUGAAGAUGAACUGGGAGAUCCGGCCAUCUUAAACGCUUCUAAAAACAGACCUAUACCUCAGAGUCAUCAUAAAACAUGUUUAGAAGAUUUAUUUGGUCCUUCCUCACCCCCGGCUUUCCUUGAUACUGAACACCUUGUAUCCCCUACCAGUAAAGAUAUCUGGAGAGUUUCAAGGGCAGAAGAAGAAAUGAACAAACAGAGAAAUAAUGCCAAACAACAACCAAGAUAUACUGUACCUACAAUAAUUGAAAGAAGAAACAUCAUCCCCCAAUCACCAAUGAUACCCCCACAAGCUCAUACUCUAGAAGAGAUAGAAAAGAGAAUGAUGACAAAACCUAGAGUAGUGACUGCCGAGGAGCUGGAGAGACAGAUGAGAGGAGAUGCAGCUCCCCGUAGUCAACCUCAGACACCACGAACUAUGCCUAGUGGAAUGAUGAUGCCAGGACAACAGUUUACCCCUCCUGUACCUAUUCCCCAUCACCCUGGUCAACCUGGUAUGAUUCCACCCAUGCAAUCUCAUCAGUCACCUUAUCAAAGACAAGCCCCUGUUGGUUCUCAUUUACCACAAGGAUUCAGUCCUAUUGCACCUCUAUUUCCUGAUGGCCGAAAUUCACCAUUACACCAAAUGCUAGCAGGUCGUAUCACCCCUACUGGACAAUUACCAGGCAAUAUGUCACCUAUACCUCAUAUUGCUUCCAGACAGUCACCAGUUUUAGGACUCCACUCUAAUUCACCCAUGGGUCGUUCAGUGACCCCACCCCAUCCAUUACGUAUGUCCCCAUUGUCCCACUCUCCCCUACAGAAUCGUGUUAUGUCAUCUAUUAACCAUCAACAACUCAUCAUUGGAAAUGGAAUGAGUCCGAAUAACAGAUUUAAUCACAAUGGUAUGAAUAUGCCUCAAGGUCCUAGAGGUCAAGGCCAUGUACCAGGUCAAUAUGGCAGCCCAGCUGGUCCUCGGAUGAAUCCUCAUCAACAGUUCAAUGAUCGCUAUGGCAACAAUCAAUCAGCCAGUCCUGGUCGUAAUCAGUUCAAUAAAAACCAACGUUUUCAAGGCCCGAACAACUACAGGGAUCGUCAACAGAGACCCUAUAACAACCAACGUGAUCGGGAAAACAGAUCUGGGGAUGAUUUCGCUGGCUUGAUGACUCAGAGGGAAAAGGACUGGAUAAUCAAAAUUCAACUGAUGCAAUUACAAACUGAAAAUCCGUAUAUAGAUGAUUUCUAUUAUACGAAUUUUACGUUAAAUAAGAAAAAUAAAGAAUUACGAAGACAGCAGGAAGAAAAUGGAGUGGCAACUGAAGAACAAAAACUAGUGAUACCCCAUCUGGUGAAAAUAGAAACUAAAUCAUACGCUCCUACUCAAUUUGAAGGUUCACUGGGUCGUCUGACAACAGCUAGUGUUCACAAUCCUCGUCAGAUUAUUAAUGUAACACGAAGAUCUUCAUUCAGUGGAGAUGAUAGUAUGAAUGUCAGUAAGGAAUUGAGGAAGAUCCGUCAGCUACUCAUGGAGAUAGAAAGGGGUUAUAAUUUAUUAUUAGAUAUUGAUGAUAUUGAAAAACAAGUGUUAGCUUUAACUGAGGAAAGCAGGAAACCGUUAUAUGAAAAUAGAAGUGAGAAAAUAAAUGAAUUAUUUAAUUAUGUUGUAAAUAUUGAAACUCCAGAUAACUUUCAGCAAAUAUUAUCUGUUAGAAAAGGUAGAAAAUUGGUGGCACGUCUCCUUCCUCUACUUAGCUCAGAUCAAAGUGAAGUAUUAGUGUCGUUGAUUAUAUCUCAUCUACCAAUUCUUGUUAAAAAGGAUUCAGAAGAUGGUACAAGUCAACUGUGUAGCUCUGUCAACAGAGCUAUUGGUACCAGCAGUCUGGAUAAUCUAAUAAAAUAUGUUGAUUAUAUUGAGAAACAAUAUCCAGUGGACAAGAAAUCUCUUCAAGCAGUUCUUCAGAGCAAGUUGGGCAGUACGAUCUUAUGUAGUUUAUUAAAACAAGGGGAAAUAAUCUAUCAAAAGACUUCACCUGUAGACAUGGACAACCAGUUACAUACAUCAUGGUCUCAGUUUGUAGAGAAGUUUGUGUCCAGUCUAGCAGAAGUAAAGUUGGAAUUUAUAGCAGUACCUUUACAACGCCAGCCCUCUAUCACUAAGCACAUAGAUAGAUUUAUUAACAAGAAACAGAUAGCUAGCAUAGAAGAUAAACUAGCAGUACUUACUACUUCUGUCCCAAACCAAUCCUAG